ACUGAAAGACUUCAUACACUUGCACUUUCCUCUUGACAUCAAACACAUUCCUCACCUCCCCUACUUUGGCAUGUCACUUUAAUCUUUUAGUUAGCUUAGGGCUUUUACAAAAGACAAAAAGCUAUUAACUUGAGGUUGCUUCCUCUCAACCCAAAGAAAAGCACCUGCUCCUACUUUGAAAUGAAGGAAAGAAAGAAAAAAGCACAAAUUGAUAUGUAAAAAAGGAUAUCCCACCGUUCUCCUGGGAAAUGGGACCAAGUAAAAGCUCCUAAAUAUAAGAAGAGAUGAGGCGAUUCUGAUCAGUCUCAGUAUCUUAAGGAAGAUAAGCGUUGAGUGUUUUCACAAUGGCUGCACAAACUAGUCAUGUCUUCCAUGGUCAAGAAAAUAACUUUCUGGAGAAUGAUUGCAUGAGGAGGAACACUGACAAAGAUCCAAAGAAGCAGUUGAACCAGGAGACAAUGAAUGGACUUGGCCAAAAUCCAGACGAUGGACUACUGGUUACACAUGUUAACCAGACACAGGACCUACUGAGGCUACAGGAGAGUAAGAACCAGUCUUCCACUUCUGAGGACUCCGAAGAUUGGCUCUCGAGUCACAGUUUAGAGUUUGAGAAACUCACCUUGGCUGAUCUGGUAAAGCAGGGCACAGCUGUGCUGGAGGAAGGCAGCAACGUCAUGCAGAAAAUACGCUUCCCCACCCAGACCGUCUGCCAUUUUGAAUCAAAGCUUUCUGAAGCCAUUGAACUCUAUCAACAGAGGCUUCAGUGGCUCACAGAAAGCAGCAAUAAGGCAUUCGGCCUCAUCAAAGGGGCCAAAGUAGGCAUCCUCAUUGACACAUCGGCAGUCGGCAGUGGCCCUCAGAGAGAGCAGUUCCAGAGUGACCUCGUGAGCCUCAUUGACGAGCAGCUGAGCCACAAGGAGAAGCUGUAUGUCCUGUCCUUCGGCACCACCACCAGCUCCCUCUGGCCAGACCCAGUGGAAGUCAGCGCCUCCACCCUCCAGGAACUCAAGCUCUGGGUCAAGAAACUGCAGCCCGAGGGAGGCAGCAAUUUGCUACAAGCCCUGAAGAAAGUCUUCACUCUGAAGGAGCUGAAUUCUCUAGUGACCAUCAUGGGCAGCUGCCCCGAUCAGCCUUCUGAAAUCCUGUCUGACUACAUCCAACAGGCCACGAUGGGAAGGGGCCUCUUCAUCCAUGUUGUUACCUACAAAUGUGAUGGUCAACUGCCCCCUGCUGUCCUGAAGAACCUUGCAGAAGCCCUUGGAGGCUGCUACCACUGCUACAGCGUGGAGACAGAGCUCUGUGCCAGCCGGGAAGUGGAUGAGCUCCUGGCAGAAAUGCAAAAGGCCCAGAGCCUCCUCAGCCACAUCCAAGCCCUGCGCCAGAGCAGUCCGUGUGAGGAGCUAACCUGCAUGCCCAAGCAGUUCCAGAAAUAUCAAGAGAAGGAGACGGGGAUGAUGCCUUUGAUUUUCCAGAUUUCCACAGAGAUUGCAAAAGGGCCACUCACAAGUCUCUUGCCUAAACCUCCAAAGCAUGAAGCUCCUCUCACAAUUGAGUUCCCAAACUUGGAUAAGACUUCUGCAGAAUGGCUCAAGGUUAAUAGUCUAAAAGCUAAGAAAUUAAGCCUUUAUCAGGUUCUGGCACCCAACGCAUUCUCUCCUGUGGAAGAAUUCGUGCCUAUUCUCCAGAAAACUGUGUCAUCAACUAUCCAUGAGAAGGCAAUGGUACAGUUUGAGUGGCACGACGGGACAGUGAAGAAUAUUCAUGUGGAUCCGCCCCUCCUCUAUGAGUACCAGAAACAGCUCAGCAGAGCCGUGCGAAUAUUUGAGAGGCGGAUUGAGUGGCUCUCCCUGGCCAGCAGACGAAUCUGGGGCACUGUCUGUGAAAAAAGGUAUCUUCCCCAGGCAGUGCUCUUGUCCCUCAUGGGUCUUGUAUGUGGCACAGCAAGGGUCAACUCACAGAUCUUCUGUUGGUAGCAUCAGAAGUCAUCACUUAGAGUAGGGAUCAGAGCAGAAACCCUGGGGGAGGAAAAGGUCACCGCUCUGUUGUCAACAUCGAUGAUGUCAUUGUGUAUCACUCAGGAUUCUUUCAGUUAGAAAGCAGCAGAAACUAAAUGCCAAAUUGGCUUAAACAAAACAGGAAAGUCUGAUUAAGGUGACUGAAAAGUCUAGGCUAGAUUUAUUUUUUAUUUUAAAGAUUUGUUUAUUUAUUUGAAAGGCAGAGUUCCAGAGAGGCAGAGAGAGAAAGAAAGAGAGAGAGAUCUUCCAUCUGCUGGUUCACUCCCCAAAUGGUCACAGUGGCCAGAGCUGGGCUGAUCCGAAGCCAGGAGCCAGGGGCUUCUUCUGGGUCUCACAUGCAGGUGCAGGGGCCCAAGAAAUUGGGUCAUCUUCCACUGCUUUCUCAGGCCAUUAGCAGAGAGCUGGAUUUGUCAUAUGGGCACCAAUUUAAGUCCUGGCUGCUCUACCUCUGAUCCAGCUCUCUGGAGCUAUUGUGGCCAUCUGGGG